AUGUUCUCGGGGAGCCAAAGCUUCCUCGGAGGUGCCAACUCUGCACGCGGCCCUCCCGGCCAGCAGCAGCAGCAGCAGCAGCAGCAACAGCAGUAUGGCCAGCAGUAUGGCCAUCAAGGCUUUGGCGGACUGCAGCCCCAGCCCACCGGCUUUGGCGGUGCUCCGCUGCAACCGCAGUUCACCGGCUUUAACCCAGGCCAGCAGCAGGGCUUCCAGCAGCAGCAGGGCUUCCAGCAACAGCAACCUCCCCAGCUCCAGCCCCAGUUCACCGGCUUUCCCGGUCAGCAGCAGCAGUCAUUCCAGCAACCACCCCAGCAGCAACCAUUCCCGACCGGCCAGCAGAGCAUGCCGCCCCCCGCCCAGCCCCAACAGCCCCAGCCCACCGGCUUGACCUCAUCGCAGAUGGCCGACUCCUUUCGCGGGCCCUCGUCGCAACCCCAGCAGCCGCAGGCGCCUCAACCCACCGGCUCCAAGAUCCCGAGCAUCAGACUUAGCUUCAUAACCGCGCAGGACCAAACCAAGUUCGAGCAAUUGUUCAAGUCGGCUGUGGGAAAUGGCCAGGCCAUGUCCGGUGACCAGGCGAGAGAUCUACUCAUGCGAUCGAAGCUGUCCGGCGAUGCUCUCGCACAUAUAUGGACGCUCUCUGACACGACCAAAUCAGGCCAGCUUCUGUUUCCCGAGUUUGCCCUCGCAAUGUACCUCUGCAACCUCAAGCUCGUCGGCAAGGACCUGCCUAACGAGCUGCCUGAGCGCGUCAGAAAUGAGGUUUCAAGCAUGGUCGACAUCAUCUCAUUCGGUAUUCCCGACUCGAAGCCCGCAACGUCCAGCUCGCAGUCUGUCCCCACGAUACAGCAACCCCAGCCUCAGCAGCCCUCCAACUCCCAGUUGCUGUCUAGUUUGCAACCGCAGCCCACAGGUCUGGCCCCGCAGAUGACUGGAUUCCCUGGUCAGCAGGGAGCCUUCCAACCUCAACCCACCGGUCUGCAGCCGCAGCCCACCGGUUUUGGCAUGAACCAGGGUAUGCUCGGGGGUCUGCAACCUCAGCCUACCGGGCUCCAGCCUCAGCCUACUGGAUUUGGCGGAGGCAUGAUUGCUCCGCUCAAUGCACAGCCGACAGGAAUGCCUGGACAAUGGGGGCUCGUGAACACACCCGCCGGAGGACUGCCUAACAUUCAGAACAUGAUGCAGCAGCUGAUGCCACAGCCUGGAAGAGAAGGCAGCUCCUUCAGUGCCCAAGGACUCCGUGGUAAUGCAACAGUCCCCUGGGCCAUCACGAAGGACGAGAAGAAGAUCUAUGACCAGCUGUUCAAAGCCUGGGAUGGUCUUAGCAAGGGCUACAUCACGGGAAGCCAAGCAAUCGAGAUCAUGGGGCAGUCUGGCCUUGACAAGUCUGACCUGGAGAAGAUCUGGACUCUUUCAGAUCCCCAUAACCGCGGCCGUCUCAACCUAGAUGAAUUUGCCGUUGCUAUGCAUUUGAUCUAUCGUAAACUGAAUGGCUACCCAGUCCCGAACACUCUUCCUCCGGAGCUCGUCCCGCCGUCCACUAGGAACCUUAAUGACUCCAUUGGUACUAUGAAGAGUUUGAUCGCUCGUGAUGCCGAGGAAAGGAAGCAUUCUGGCGCUUUUCUGCAACCCCAGAAGACCGGUGUCAGCUACCUCAAGAACCACUCCUUCCGUGGCGGGAGCCCCGUUGCUUCAGGCCGCAAGGAUGCCACUGUUUUUAAGAACAACGAUGAUGAUGUUGGCUACAGAUCGAGUGCUCGGCGUAGGAUUGGAAACGGCGGGCGUUCUCCUUCCCCAGCCGCGCCCCCUUCUCCUGGGUCGGAGAGAUCUAAUGACGAAAAGUCGAUUGAGCAGCUCAAGAAGGAAAUCAAGGAAAAGCAGGUACUUCUGGAUGCCAUGGACUUCCGUGAUGAAAACCGUGCCGAGCAGGAAGACCUUCUUGACCGGAAGGACCGGAAGGAUGCCGAGGACUUGUACCGCCGGAUCAGGCGUCUCCAGGAGGAUCUUGACACUCAUCCCAAUGCCCACUCCAUGUUGUCUGGAGGCUCAGAUGCGGAACGCCGCGCUCUCCAGCGUGAGCUGCGUCGUCUGACCGAUAGGCUCCCCGAAUUGGCAUCUCAGGUGCGCCGAACCGAGCGCGCUAUUGCGGACGCUCAGCUCGAGCUUUUCCGACUGAAAGACGCCAAAGCACAUCCUGGUUCAGCUGCUGCGAUUGUUGGCACUGGUCCUGGUGGCGCCGUUACUGAAUCUGAUAGGUUGAAGGCCCGCGCCAAGGCAAUGAUGCAGGCGCGCUCUGCAGCUCUUACUGGCAAACCUGCUCCUGCGUCUGCCGAUGACUCGGGUGACGCUGGCAAGCGUCUGGAGGAGGAGCAGACGCGUAUUCGCAAUGAAAGGGAGGGCAAUGAGCGUAUGGUGCGCGAUGUCGAAGAGAGUGUGACCGAAUUCAGCAAGGCUCUUGAGCUCAGCCUCAAAGAGGGUUCCCAGACCGAGUCCAGCGAACAUGAGCGCCGCAGGUGGGAAGAUGGUCUUGGCGUCGAAGACGAAGUCAAAGACUUCAUCUACGAACUGCAAAGGCAAAGCCGGGCGGCCAGAAUUCGCAAAGAAGACGACGUCAGGGACAGCGCACGUAACAGAUAUCAAUCGCCAGUUCCUCGUAUUGAGGAGCCGGCAAGGCCUAGUAGUGCCAGGGGUGUUGAGUCUCCGGCACGUUCUGAGUCCCCUAUGGCGCGCCCUGCUUCGUCGAGCGGUGCCUCUUACUCUUCGUAUAAGACGGCUGAAGAACGUGCUGCCUUUAUCAAACAGCAAGCUGAGCAGCGUAUGGCUGAGCGCCUGGCUGCUCUUGGCCUCCGCGCUCCUUCAAAGCCUUCUGGUGAGACGCCUCAACAGAAGGCCGAGCGUGAGCAGCGUGAGAAAGAGGAGCGUAUUCGCAAAGCAGAGGAGGAAGACGCCCGCCGUGAGCAGGAAAGGCAACGUAGGCUUAAUGAGGAGCAAGGUGUCCCACCGCCAGCUCCCAAGGCAGUGGGCAAGAAACCUCCCCCAGCUCCCCCAUCGAGGAACAAGAAGGCCGAAACCCACGAUGCCGAUGCUGAAGCAAAGAGGGCCGAGCAGGACGCUGCAGAGCGUGCUCUUCGUGAGGAACAGGAGGCUCAAGAAGCGGAAACGAAGGCUCUGGAAGAUGAAGAGAAGCGGCAGGAGGAAGAGCUUGCUAAGGAGCAGGAAGCUGCUGCUGCUCGCCUGCGCGCUUUGGAGGAGCAAGUCAAGGCUGGCAAGUUGAAGAAGGAAGAAGAGAAGCGCAAGAAGAAGGAGGCCCAACGGGACGCCAAGGAGAAGGAAGCUCGUUUGGCUGCUCAGCGUGCGGAAAUCGAGGCAGCGAGGGAACGCGAGCGUCAGCUCCAGCUCCAGCUCGAGGGAAUGGAUGAGGAUUCCUCUUCAUCCGACGAUGAGGGUCCUCAAGAGAUAACUCCCCAGGAGACUACGCCUACCGCCAGCCAGGAGCUUCCCAAGGCUGAACCGCCAGCUGCGCCACCGGCGCCACCGGCCCCUGCCGCUGCGGACCCCUCCGCGAACACGCCGCCAUCGUCUGUUACUAGCCCUCAAGCCUCCGCUGUGGCCAGCCCUGGCGCCGCCACAGAGACGAAGAACCCGUUCUUGAAGAAGAUGGCACAGGCCAGCGAAUCCCACGCUACGCCCAACGUCCCCUCCAUUUCUACUCCUGCGAGCUCUACCGAGGUCUCAACCAACCCCUUCCACCGUCUCACGCAGCAGGAUAGUAACAAGACCGCUCUGCCGGAACCAGCUGCCGCGCCUGCCCGCACGCGUGCGCGCCCUGAGGAAGAUGACUGGAGCGUGGUCGAUUCCGAUGAUGACAGCUCCUCCGAUUCGGAUGACGAUCGUCCAGGCGGCGGCUCUGCUAAGCAGCUUGCUUCUAUCCUGUUCGGUACAAUGGGUCCGCCUCGCCCGCUUUCGGCCAUGGAUAACAAGGAUUCGCCGCUCGGUGGCUCGCGCAAUGACAGCCCUGCCGUCGCUUCUCCAGGCCCCUCUGCACCUCCGCCGCCCCCUCCCAUGCCCGGCGCGGGUGGUCCUGGCGCUCCGCCGCCGCCGCCGCCCCCCAUGCCUGGCGCAGGCGCUCCCGGUGCCCCCCCGCCGCCGCCUCCGCCGCCACCAGCUCCCGCCGCUGCCGCGGCUGGUCCGCCCGCAGGUGCGCUUGAUAGAGGCGCCCUGCUGAGCCAGAUCCAGAUGGGCAAAGGUCUGAGGAAGGUUGAGACAAAGGACAGGAGCACGUCAUCUGUUGCUGGUAAGGUUUUGGACUAA